AUUGUUGACAUCACCAUGGUUUUGUUUGUUUGUUUGUUUGUUGUUGUUCAAUGAUAAAUCAAUAUGAUUUUUGUUUUUUAGUUUUUUUGGUGAUUUGUAAUAUUUUUGUUUUUUCCCUUUAAAUCCUCAUUCUGAUUUCAACAGAAUUUUAAUAACAUCAUAAAAAAUAAGUCUUUCAAUUAAGUAAAUGUCAAUCAAAUCAACCACUAAAUAUUUAAUCCAAAAACAUCCUUUAUCACCCAAAAAUUAUCAUCCAAAUUUAAUAACCGAUGUGGCUAAAGAUUUACAAUUAGAAUUACAAGAUUUAUCACCUGAUGAUGAAAUAUUUGAACAACCAUCAGGAUCAACAACAACAACAACAAAUUUAAUCAACAACAAUCAGAAAACAUCAUCAUUAUCGAUGAAAUUCCAUCAAAAAACUGGAAUCGAAAAAUCAACAACAACAACAACAACAAAUCAGGAUAAUAAUGUCAUCAGAAUUAUUAACCAACAAUCAAAACAUUAUCAACAAUCAUCAUUAUCAUCACCAUCAUCACCAACAACAACAACAACAACAUCUUCUGUUAUCGACCAAAAUAUCACCAUCACCACCACCAAUAACAUCGAUACAAUCGAUACCAUUGAAACCGAUACGAAUGAAUCUACCUCCACCGCCGCCAAACGACGAUAUCUUCGAUGUCAUCAUUGUCAAUGA